AUGCACCUACGAGUUAGAAGCUCCUUCUGCAAAAAUGGAUUCAAAAUCGAAACAAGGGCAUGCAAUAGAUCAAGAGGUGAAGAAGCAAAGGGAAAAAAAGAUGUUAUCCAUGAGAUAAUGCCCGACUCAUGUACGGCCGAGAUUAUAUCUGGAUUAUCAAAGAAUGUGCUACACAAGCAGAUCGAUUUGUGGAAUGCAGAUGACAUGCUGGUCAUAUUUGGGCCUAUUUCAUUUUUAGAUGGCCCUUUCGCUGUGCAUAGUCUCAUUCAGUAUGACAUAUAUUCUAGAGCAUUUAGCGAAUCGUUGCACGGAAUGACUUUAGUGGAUCUGAGUUAUCAUCUCAACAACCCUUCCACGCAAAACACCUCACAGCGCAUGUUAAGCCCUUUGAAAUUUAUCGAAAAAGCAAUUAUAAGACGUAUGGAACAAGUCAAACUGAAUCAAGCUCAGCCAGCUGCCGUGGGCAUGUUUUGCAAUAUGUGUGGGUCCGAAGACGAUAACUUGGUAGCUGCUGUUAAAAAUAUGGUUCCCGAAAUUGAGGACACAAUCAUGCCAAAAAAAGACUGUCAGCUUUUGUUAGAACAUUUCUACCAGAACAUUUAUCCGUUUUAUCCAUAUAUGGAUGUUGGAUUAUUUGAAAGUGGCUUCGAUCUACUCUUUGUUAAAGAUGAUGAAGACAAAUGGAGAAUAAACACUAGUGGUAGAGACAUACGCUCUAAGGUCGAAACUCUUAUUUUGUUGAUGAUAGUGAUGUCUAUGUCUUUAAGACACUCGGUGUUGGAUAAUACCGUUCUUUCAAUAGUGAAAAUUAGUGCGUCCGAAUCGGCACGACAAUUAUCACUCCUGUCACACAAAUUGUUAUGUCUUUUAGAUGUCUUCCAAUACCUUAAUGAAAGUGCUUUCACAUGUCUUUUAUAUUUUUACGUUUCUGAGCACUUGAAUCCUGAAAGUGGUGACUGUUUUCUGACACAUACUAAUCUGUUAUCUUUGAGACAUCUAACGGAGUUAUCGAAAACCCUGGGUCUUCAAUACGAACCUUCUAACUUCAAGAGAAUAAAAGAUCCUCGCGUGGUGCGACAUCGACGUAUGCUAUGGCUGGGCCUCCAAUCAUUAAGAUUCGAGGUUUCACUUGCUGAAGGUGACUGGGACAGCUCAAAUAUCAAAUUUAUGGAAGCGUUUUCUGAAAAUAUGGAAAUUAAUAAUGGGUGGUAUGACAACAGUGCGGAUGCCAUAAGUUACUUUAAUGAUAGGCUGUCGGAAAGUGCACAAAACAAAUAUCAUUUACAUAUGCUUUUGAGCAAAUUAGUGGCAAGUUGUGCUCCCAUUGUGGGUCGUGUUCAAGUUUCAAAUGUUUUGGAAAACAUCGUUAGAUCGGAAGAUUUCAUGCUACAAAGUUUCUCGACCCAUUUACUCUACGAAGCAAAAACUAACACCAAAUUAGAUACCCUCAAGUUCGUCCGGGGACUAUCACUUAACAUCUCCAGCGUGAAAAACACUGAGAUAUUUUUAGCAAAUUUAGUGGGGCAUACAUGUAUUCUCAAUGCGUGCGAUAUACUCUCCCUCUAUUUUGAAAGUAAAACCAUUUCGAGCUGGGAAGAAAAUGAGAAACCUUAUGUAUAUUUCACCUUCAAGGCAUUCAAGGAAUAUAUAUUACUUGCUGAACUGAUAUGUGAUUACCUAAAUGGUAGCUUUGCGAACGGAAUCUCAAAACAUUAUGGCUAUGCGAUUGACAAACGGGUAUGUUUUGCCCUCGUCCGGAUUUGGAUAUUUCAAUGCCGAUUGUUGCUAAGACUGGCAUAUAAAAGAGAAGCACGGUUGUCUCGAUCAGCUUUAAAUGGGUCAAUCAAGGAACGGGACGAUUUUGAUGAUCUUUUGUCCAGGAUGACACGUUAUAUGCGAAAUCAAAUGGCGCACCUGGUUGACUUGGCCGGUUCGAAGUUUCAAGAAAACUACCUUUGCUCUUUCCAGACCAUUCCAAUGUUUAGAUAUAUUUUGUAUGUGGUGGGAUUAGGGAAGCUGGUCAGUCUGACAAAUGACUUUUGGGAACGUGCCGCAGUCAGAGGGGAAUUACCGCAAAGUAUUGAGCAAAAAAUCACUAUGAAGUGGGGUUUGGACAUUAAUAACUCUAAGUCGAUUAAGCAAAAGUUGAUGUGCGCCAAAACGCUGGAAAGUUUCAAUGAAUCGUUGUUGAAUGAUCUGGAGAGUAUUGUUUUGUCCAGUAAGUUUGGUGUCGAGUGUAACACGCUAAUGACGAGCGAAACAUUUUCUGAAAUAUCCGAUAUUGAUGAAGGGGAAAUUUUAAAUAGCCUCUUACAGAACAACACUGAUUUCUUCUGGGAUUUCUUGAGUGAAAAUCUUGGCGAAGCAUCAUUCUAA